ACGAGCCGUGUUUGUUUGUUUGUUUAUUUGUUUUUCUUCACAGGCUACCUGUUCAAAUCUUGUUAAACACGUUAUUUAAAGUGGUAUGGUUGCGGCGCGCGCGGCGGGGCUGGACACCGGUGCCGCGUUGCUGCUCGCGCGGUUCUUCACCAUGGCGCGCGACACGGGAGACAAGGGUGCCGCGGGAUCAGGCUCCGAGUCCUGGGCUAUGCUGAUGAUGAUGACUCAGCCGCCACCUCCGUCUACCGUGCCUCGGAUUCCCCCCGAGGCGGGAAACUGGACGCGCUGCGCCGCGCACGUGCAGAGCUACGGCGGCGUGGAGCGCGCGCUGAUCGGCGGCGUCCUGACAGCACUGACGCUCGUGACAGCGUGCGGGAACCUGCUGGUGGUGGUGUCGGUGUGCUCGGUGAAGAAGCUGCGACAGCCCUCCAAUUACCUGAUCGUGUCGCUCGCGCUGGCCGACCUGUCCGUGGCGCUCGCCGUCAUGCCGUUCGUCAGCGUCACGGACCUGAUCGGGGGCCGCUGGAUCUUCGGCCAGUUCUUCUGCAACGUCUUCAUCGCCAUGGACGUCAUGUGCUGCACGGCGUCCAUCAUGACCCUCUGCGUCAUCAGCAUAGACAGGUACCUGGGUAUCACGAGGCCUUUAACAUACCCAGUGCGUCAAAAUGGAUGGUGCAUGGCCAGGAUGGUUCUGUCAGUGUGGUUGCUCUCGGCCUCAAUCACGCUGCCUCCACUGUUCGGUUGGGCGCAGAACGUUAACGAUGAUAACCAGUGUCUCAUCAGCCAGGACUUUGGCUACACUAUCUACUCCACCGCUGUGGCCUUCUACAUCCCCCUAAGCGUCAUGCUGGUCAUGUACCGCCGAAUUUACCGAGCCGCCAAGCUCAGUGCCGCCAAACAUGCCAUCUCUGGCUUCCCCCGGCCGAGUGACGGAGGUGACGAUGAUGAUGAUGAUAAUGAAAGAAACAGCCGAGACAAUGACAGUGACUGCAUGACGGCGGCUAUAAAGAUGCACCGGCUCAGAGGAGCGAAGUGGAAUGAAGCUGAGCGCAAAAGCGCCUCUAUCUUUAAGCGGGAGCAGAAGGCGGCAGCAACACUGGGUGUGGUGCUGGGUGCGUUUACUUUCUGCUGGCUGCCGUUCUUUGUGCUCUCGACACUGCGUCCAUUCGUGUGCGGUGUGCGCUGCAGCUGCGUGCCUCUGUGGAUCGAGAGGACGCUCCUGUGGCUUGGCUAUGCCAACUCACUCAUUAACCCCUUUAUCUACGCCUUCUCUAACCGUGAUCUACGCACUGCCUACCGCAGCCUGCUCGCCUGCCGCUACCGCAACAUCAACCGCAGACUUUCCGCUGCCGGUGUGCACGAGGCACUGAGACUCGGCCCGAGGUCCGAGGUCACUCUGUCCAUGUGAAGAAAUUUUAAAGACCCCUAAAUUUUACUCAUAAAUUCAUGAGCCAUUAUGUAUUAUUUAAAGAGUAAAGACAUGGUGUGAGCCUGCCUGAGGUCAAAGGUCAUGAAAGGUCAAAUUAAACUCUGAAGGAUUGCAAGAAGGUGAACACGGACAAUCAGAUUCACUCUGAAGUAUUUCAUUGGACUUUUAUUUAUGAACAAGGCAAAAAUUGAACCUUAAAUAUAAUGUUAGAUGGUUAAACAUGUCCUGAGGUCAAAAGUCACUGAGUCAAGAUGGAUAAUAAGCAACAUUAAAAUUUUUGUCUCAAGUCACUUUGAUCAUAUCAAUAAGAAUCAUCUAAAUUUCUAUGUUGUUUUACUUGUAAUGUUGUAAAACGGUAAAAUAAAUGUUGAAUAAUUUUUAGGCAAAAUGUAAUAAAAUUAAGUAGAGGAGUUCUCUAACAACAAAUGAGGGCGCUGUCACAGACUUGAAGUGGGUGUGGCCUAAUAUUCCAAUAAACCCUUUGAUUGACAGCAUUCUGUCAGAGACUCCAUCUGCAGCAUUACUUAAGCACCUGCUUUCUUUCUCUAGUUUAGUUUUCUCAUGCAAGGUUAGCUUUCUUUUUAUAGGUUAAACUUCAUCUCGCAUCAGAUUAUUUUCUAAUAGAUUUCCUCCCAAUGUUAGCUUUCUUUUUCUAUUUUAUCUUUCAAUCAACAGCUUGGAUGUUACCUACCAUGUUAGCUUUCACUCACCAAGCUAACUUUCAGUCAAUAUGCUAGCUUUCAUUUUUUAGGUUUGUUUAUAGUUAUAAAGACUGUUUAAGUGCUAAUAUAUAAUUGUAAGAAAACCGGAGUGGGUGGGAUUUCUAGCAUCAUCUUAACCCAAAAUGAGGCCCUCCCACUUUACACAGAAUGAGGAGAGAUUCAGGUUAUUUUAUGUAUUGCAGAUAAAAAGACCAACUAACUGUAAACUGGUUUUAAACACAUUAGGAAGAGAAGGGUUUUUUUUUGUUUCAGUGGGAUUAAAAAAUAUUUAAACAGAACCAGAACCAGGUUAAAGCACUAAUGUGUAUUUUUUAAGUGACCUCAGACUGUGCAAAACCCACAUUCAGUGCAGCUUAGUUUAGCUUUAAUGUCAUGGAAAAAAUAUAUAAUGAUCUAGAAAAAAUAAUAUAAUCUGGAAAAAAAAUGUAUUAAAAUUGUCAAUAUGUAGAUUUUUGAUCCAUAUUAUUUUUACAAUAUAUA